CCCUUAUUCUAUAUAUCCACAAAUUAAAACACACAUUCUUUCUUCUUCUUCUUAAUUAACGUUAAAAUGGGGUCGAGUUCGACUACAACGUGGACAUCGAAGCAGACCAAGCUGUUUGAGGAUGCGCUGGUGACGUACGACAAGGACACGCCGGACAGGUGGCGGAACCUGGCGAGGGCGGUCGGCGGGAAGACGACGGAGGAGGAGGUUAAGAGGCAGUAUGAGAUGCUUGUGGAGGAUGUGAACCACAUUGAGACUGGCAAAAUCCCUUUGCCCAAUUACGACGCUCAUGCCAAAGCCGGCUAUGCAUUCAUGCACCAGGCACCAGACAGGAUGAAAUAUAUGAAGCUUCAGUGAAGAAAGCUAGAAAUGGCAAAGGAAAUUAAAGCACAUAUAUGCUAUCGCAACUACUCCACCAAAAACUUCAACUAUACAUAAAACCAAAAACAUUAUCAACGAAUAACAAGAUACAUGCUGGGAUACGCCAUAUAUAUUGUGCUAAAUUGAUUGCUUCUCUUUUUGCUUUCUGGAAUCCCCAUUUCUAUUAAGUGUUUGUAUGUAUACAUGUAGAUUAAGUUAGUCACUGAAAAGUGACAGUACCGAUCGAACGAACAUAUAGCUGUUUAUGUAUGUACGAUGUUGUAAUCGCUUCAUGUACAAAUUUGUCUACGUUGGUAUAUGCUUUGUUGCAGGAUAUAUAAAAGAUAUUUUAAGAUAUAUGUUCUUUCCCCAAAAGAAUAAAAUCAAGAUUCAGGCUUAAGGGAA